AUGGACAUCUUCCCUGGGGAGAACGGCGAUUAUCCAAUUCCUAAAAAAGUACGCGUGAGCGUCCACUUAUCAAGAGUGGACUACAAAACGCCCGUGCAAGCGAUAGAAGCCAUGACCUUUAGCUUUGGCUCAUUUAUUUCUCUUACCGGAGAUGAGGUUUUCCAUUCAACCAGGCUUAGCUUUGCAUUCGUUAAUCUGAAGCCAGUCGUCCCUGGCCACGUACUUGUCUGUCCGCGAAGGGUAGUAAAAAGAUAUGCUGAAUUAUCCUUUAAAGAAAUUACUGAUCUUUUUAAAACUGUACAAGAAGUGGGGAUUGUUAUCGAACGUGAGUUUAAAGCCACCUCCUUAACUUUUUGCAUACAGGACGGACCAGAUUCGGGACAAACCGUUGAUCAUGUCCAUGUUCACAUUAUUCCAAGGAAAAAGGGUGAUUACGAAAAUUCAGAUGAAGUGUACACAGAGCUAGCGAAACACGAUAAAGAUGGACGUCCCUCGAGAAGUUUGGAGGAGAUGGCUAAAGAAGCUUCUUGGCUCUCUACUUUUUUUCGUCUCGAGGGCCGUUGAGCUAUCUCUAGACAAUAAUGAA